AUGGAAGAAGAAAUAGCUGAGAUAAAAUGGGAUAUCAUAGGAGUAAUAUUGCUCGCAAUUUUGGAGUUGGCCGACUUACUUCCUCAAGUACAGGAACUACGUCUAUCAUUGGCAGAUGUAGCCACUAGCUAUAGCAAUUAUGAACCCGAAGGUCCAGGGACAUACGCGUUUGGAUACGAGCUGGACAAUCCGGAAACUCAGAAUGUGCAGUUCAGAGACGAGGAGCGAAAAGCAGAUGGAACUGUUACCGGCAAAUAUGGUUGGGUUGCAGAAGAUGGUACAGCGUAUGUAGUGACUUACGUAGCUGAUUCCAGAGGAUACAGAGCAAAUGUUGAAAAUAUACCAAGUUGGAGGCUUAAGUAG